UAAACAAAAGUCAGGUAUUAGGUGGUUUUACAUCCAACUGACUUAGAUCUUCAGCACACCGGCCACCUGACUUCCUCUCCAUGCCUAUAGGAUGCUCACUAUCUAUCCGCAAACCAAGUCCUACUUCUCCUACUGGCCAGACAUGAGUCCCGGCUCUGCCCCUGUCAAGGCCCACGGAAAGAAGAUAAUGAGUGCAGUCGCUCUGGCUGUGUCCAAGAUUGACGACCUGACCAAAAACCUGCACCACGCUUUUGAGAUAAGAGUGGACCCGGCCAACUUCAAGAUCCUGUCCCACUGUGUUGUCGUGAUCGACACCAUGUUCCCUGCGGACUUUAUGCCCGAGGCCCACGUCGGCUUUGAUAAAGUCAUGUCCACCGUGGCCCUGGCUCUUGCUGAGAGAUACCGCUGAGCUUCCCGUAGAUGGAGGGUCUGUCACAUAAGACUAUUUAAUUCGUGGUGACAAAUGAAAGAAUAAAUUGCUU